AUGGGUGACGAAAGGGCAACAACAGAUUGCAAGGAUGCCAAGCAAAGGUUAACUAUUCGUGGGUGUGCUAAUGCUGCAGGCACACACAAGAUAAAACUGGCAGUGAUUGGAAAAACCCUAUAUCCAAGAUGUUUAAAAGGUGUGCACAAUUUACCUGUGCAUUAUUAUGCGAACAAGAAAGCUUCAGUAACAAGAGAAAUCUUUUCUGACUGGUUCAAUAAGCACUUUGUGCCUGCAGCACAAGCUCAUUGCAGACAAGCUGGACUGGGAGACAAUUGCAAAAUUUUAUUAUUUCUAGACAACUGUUCUGCUCAUCCCCCUCCUGAACUUCUUGUGAAAAGUAACGUUUUGGGCAUUUACUUUCCCCCCAGUGUGACAUCUGUAAUUCAGCCCUGUGACCAAGGAAUUCUAUGUUCCAUGAAGAGCAAAUACAAACACUUUUUUUUGAACAGCAUGCUUGCUUCAGUUAACAGAGGCCUGAAAAUCCAGGACUUCCUUAAAGAAUUUAGUCUUAAGGAUGCCAUCUACACAGUUGCUAAUGCUUGGAACGACAUUGAUAAGUCAACCUUAACCAGUGCUUGGCACAGACUUUGGGCUACAAUGAUGUUUGAAAAUGACCUUGCUGAUGAAGAUUUUGAAGCAUUUAAAGACUCUAAUGAGAAGAUGAUGGUUUCAAAACUCAUUCUUACGCCAAAAGCUUAUCAGCUGAAAGUAUAAAUAAGUUAGAAGACGCCGACAUUGAAGAAAUGCUAAACAUCAAUAAUGAUGCACCCAUUGUGCAUCCUUUGAGUGGGGAAAUUGCUGAGAUGGUGUUAAAUAAAGAUCACUAUGAAGAUAGUAGGAGUAAUCAUGAUGACAUUGUGAGCACAGGUGAAAAAAUCUCCGUAGAUUGUAUGGUGAAAAUGUGUGACCAAUUAAUUGCUGGCCUUCAACAAUGUGCAUUUAUCAGUGAGCAAGAGCUCAUGGCAGUUUACUCAAUUAGAGAGAAACUGCUUAGACAGAAACCUGUGUUAAGGAAACAGAUGACACUGGGAAAAGUCUUUAAUAAGGCUCUCUGUGA